UAACUUUUACUCUUCUUUAAAACCAAGAUGGCAGCCCACAAAGUAGAACGUGCGACUGUGGAAAAGCCACAUAUCAUCAAGCACAUUUCAAAAUCUACCACGGAAAAACGUUUAAUUGUAAUUCUAGAAAAUGCAUCUCUUGAAACAGUCAAGGUAGGGAAGCAGUUUGAGCUGCUCAACUGUGACAGACACCGACACCUAAGCAAGAAGUUCAAGAAGGACAUCAGUCAGUACAGACCAGACAUCACACAUCAAUGUCUGUUGAUGCUGAUGGACAGUCCACUGAACCGAGCAGGGAUGCUGCAAGUUUAUGUCCACACCGAGAGAAACGUUCUCAUCGAGAUCAACCCACAGACACGAAUACCGAGAACAUUUGAAAGGUUCUGUGGUCUCAUAGUCCAGCUCCUGCACAAGCUCAGCAUCCAUGCUUCUGACGGUCCUCAGAAACUCCUCAAGGUCAUCAGGAACCCCAUCACUGACCAUCUUCCUGUCGGCGCCAAGAAAGUUGUCAUGUCCUUCAGCGCCGAUGACUGCGUCAAUGUUCGUGACCUUGUUCCCACUGAUGAACCUGUCGUCUUUGUCAUUGGUGCCAUGGCUCAUGGCAAAGUUGACAUUGACUACGCAGAGAAGACUCACUCCAUCAGCAACUACCCCCUCUCCGCUGCCCUCACCUGUGCCAAGGUCUGUUCAGGGUUUGAGGAAGUCUGGGGGGUCGUAUAGCCAGGAAUUGUGGAACUUCAUGUAAAUAAAAGUGUACAUAGCUCACA